CUUAUUGGGACAGCCAAUGGAGGCAUGUAUUUGUGUGAUAGGGGGACCUAGAUACUACUUGCAAUGACUUGUGCUAAUCAAGCAUAACAGGGCAUUCCUUUGCUGGGGCAACCUUACCAUUCGGUAACGUAUCCCUGACUUGAACAUUUAUAUCGCUCUCUAACGUAAGAAAAGGAAUGGCAAAAGCGGUAGCAGACACACAGGGUGAGAAUCAGGCUGGCUUUGCAUUUGACACCACAACCGUCACUGGCUUCUCACAUACACAUGAUUCUGGGACUGGUGGUUCGCCAUCCAUGGGGAAUUUCCCAAUCUUUGCGCAACCAAACUGCCCGGACGAUGAUAUCAACAAGUGUAAAUGGCAGCAAAAUGAUCGGGCGGUCGCAUGGAUACGCGAUUCACCUAAAGCCAGACCAGGCUACUUCGGUAUUGAUUUACAAAAUGGCGUGCGCGCAGAGAUGACGGUGACAAAUCGCUCCGCACUAUAUCGAUUUACAUUUAACGAUGCGUCCACGGAGUCUCUCAGUCCAGUUAUUCUUGUUGAUCUCAUGGACCUGCCCCAGUCGCGAAAGGGUGGUACGGCUUCAGUUGAUUCGUCGGGACGCCUUACCGGAAAUGCCACAUUCAACCCAAGUUUCGGCAUUGGGACUUAUGAACUCCAUUUCUGCGUAGACUUUGAGGGCGCCGAUGUGCGUGACACAGGGACUUGGGUUAAAAGUCGGGCUAAUUUCAGUGAGAAAACAGUCACGAUCACUGCAGACGGGAGCAAUACUGCAGCCUCACUCUCGGCUGGCACCUUUACAAGGUUCCAUGCAUUGAAGGAUAAUACUAUCACUGCACGAGUUGGCGUCAGUUUCAUGAGUGUUAAGCAAGCUUGUUCCAACGCAGAGAUAGAGCAACCAGAUUUCGAUUUUGCUAAAACGGUGUCUAGCGCCGAAUCUGCGUGGAGAGAGAAACUGAAUGUGAUAUCCAUCAAAGCUGAUGGAGUCUCUUCUGAUCUGCAAAAGGUCUUCUGGAGCGGUGCAUAUCGGGCCAUGAUCAGUCCACAAGAUUACACAGGAGAGAAUCCUCUUUGGAAAAGUGAUGAGCCGUAUUAUGACAGCUUCUAUUGUAUAUGGGAUUCGUACCGCGGAGUCCACCAGUUGCUGACUUUGAUGGACCCCUUGUCUCAAUCUCGGAUGAUCAGGAGCCUGGUUGACAUUUACCGCCAUGAAGGUUACUUACCCGACUGUCGCAUGUCCCUUUGUAAGGGGCACACUCAAGGAGGCUCCAAUGCAGAUGUUCUGAUUGCUGAUGCUUUCUUGAAGAAUGUCAAAGAUGUUGAUUGGGACACAGCCUAUGAAGCUAUUGUAAAGGAUGCAGAAGUUGAGCCGCUCAAUUGGGAUGUCGAAGGACGCGGAGGUCUUCGGAGUUGGAAAGCACUUGGCUACAUACCUACCGACGACUACGAUCCUGAUGGCACAGGGUUGCAUACCCGUAGUAUUUCGAGAACCGUCGAAUAUGCGUACAACGACUUUUGUAUCGCCGAGGUUGCUAAGCGAAUGGGUCAUCAAAGUGACUAUGAAAAAUACCUUAAGCGCGCUUCUAACUGGCAGAAUAUGUUCAAAGAGGACCAAACAUCAGCAAUCCAUGGUAUUGACACAAAUUUCACGGGCUUUCUGCAGCCUCGCUAUUUGAAUGGGACUUGGGGAUAUCAGGACCCCAUAUUCUGCAGUCCAUUGAUGAAUUUUACGUCUUGCUAUCUGGACCCAAAUGGCCACGAGACAUACGAAGGCAGCUGCUGGCUUUAUACAUUUUAUGCACCACAGGACAUGGCUUUGCUGAUAAAGCGUCUUGGAGGUCCCCGUCUCUUCACAUCCCGGCUCUCCUACCUCCACGAUUCAGGUAUACUCUAUGUUGGAGAUGAACAGGCCUUCCUUACCGUUUUCCAAUUCCAUUACUCCGGGCGACCAGCACUCUCGGCCGAGCGCGCCCACUUUUACAUUCCCUCCCAAUUCAAUACAUCAGUUUCGGGAAUCCCUGGGAACGAUGAUGGUGGGGCAAUGGGCGCCUUUGCAGUAUUGAGUAUGAUAGGGCUCUUCCCAGUCCAUGGGCAAGAUGUCUAUCUUAUCACGCCGCCCUUCUUCGAAGAGAUUAGUAUCCGAAACAAAGACAACGGCAGAGUUGCGACAAUUUGUAAUAUCAACUUUGAUCCAAGUUACAAGGCUAUUUAUAUUCAAAGUGUUAAGCGGGAUGGUAAGCCGUGGACAAAGAACUGGAUUGGCCAUGACUUUUUUACUCAAGGUGGUGUGCUUGAGCUCGAGCUAGGCCCGGAGGAAAGCGCCUGGGGAACGAGGGUUGAGGAUCUUCCUCCAAGUAUGAGCGACUACUCAGUAUAGUAGUGUCAAAGUAGUUGAGCUUGCUUGGAUCAAUUCACUUGACUUAUUUGGGCUCGGUAUGAUAACGCACGAAGUAACUAGCUCAUAUAGCUUGCACAUAAUUCCAUAUUGUACUGAUCUCGGCUUGCGCAUAUAAACACUGCCGCGACAAUACCCGGGCUAUAGCGUUCAGC